AUGUACAACAUUAUAACGAACUACACUCCGCCGACGAACGAAGUCGAAUUCAAAUGCCCGAAGUGCUCGAAAGGUUUCAACAAAAAUAUCCUGCUCAAGAAGCACAAGAAGAACUGCAGGCCGAGGAUGCAAAAGGACCUGCUGACCAGGUGCAAAAUCCGUUCGAGGAUAUUCAAAGACCGCCAGAGUUUGGCGAAGCACUUGGUCAACUACCACUCCGAGUACAGUUGCGAAAUUUGCUCGGAGAAGGUGCAAAGCAAAUGCGAAAUCGUCUCGCACAUCAGAUUCCGCCAUCCGGGCUGCCCACUCUUCUGCAGGAUAUGCAAGAACGUCCUGCGAUCGAAGAGCGACAUGCAGGAGCACGUCCGCAACCACUUCGAUUCGCACGACUCCCCCGAUCCGGAGGACACCACCUCCGCCAUAUCGAUGCCGUGCGUUUCGAAGACGUGA